AUGUGGCCAUCAUCGUCACUCCUUUUACCUUAUCUCGCUGCGCAUAUCGCAUCGGUGAGCGCGCAAGCUCUGUCCACAGUCACAUACGGACCAAGCGGACCAUGUCCCGUCCCCUCGGUCACAAGUGUUGUUGUUGUACAGCCGGGAUACUACAGUUCCUUCUUUCAGUCAGCCUCCUCGAUUGUGAACCUCUGGGGCAAUGGCAACACGGUUAUGAUCAACAAUGCCCCGACGACGUACAUUACCAACACAUAUAUCAGCACAACCAUCAUUUCCACCAUCACGACCACAGUUGUCAAUCCUUCAACUACGGCAGCGUCCUCCAGCGGUGCGGAUGUUGGUCCUAUCCUUACGGGAGGGUCUUCAUCGACGACUCCUGCAACAUCUGUCUCCAUGACCCCUAUGCCACCUUCAAGCAGCAUAUCUCUGGGGCCAUCUUCCACCUCAUCCCCGAUUUUCACUCCCGUCCCCCCUCCAGAGACAACGCCAGCACCCGCGCCAGUCUUGACUUCUACUUCAGUAGACGCGAACGGCAACACAGUCUUGGUUCGAGUUACUCAAACUCCACUGGCACUUGGAGAGGGACUUCCAUCGGGGACCAUCACUGAUCUUCCUGCUUCGCUGGCAGAGAACGGUAUCAUCGUCGGUGUUGCCGUCAACGGUCUCGGAGCGAAGGUGAAGAGGCAAGCUCCCGCAGGCCCAACAGCGGGUGCUGUUCUGUCAGGGGAUGAAGGAGGCGCCGCCCUGGCGUGCGACGUUGCGGUCAGGUACUUUUUGGAGCGGGGACAGUUGACCGAUGGCACGGACGUGGUUGGCCGCAACACCACCGACAACUCAGCUCUGAUGACUCCCGACCCUGACUUCAACAACGUCACGACAGUGCUGUCCUUCGUUGAUGGUAUCCUCAAUUGGAACUCUGCCGAUCGAGGUGCGGCGACCUUCUACCAAUGCGGUGAUGCCAAAGUUUACGCGGGCUUUCCCAAUCCUCCAAAGGAGGACUGCUACAUAGUCACCCUGGGAGGCAUAGCCGCCACUGCUUGUCCUGUACCGCUGAGGGAUGAAGUCGACACGUCUACCUCUACGGACAUUCCUUCGAGUACCCCUGCUUCGAGCGACGUGUCAUCCACGACAGCGAUUGAUGUGACCACAACGACUGACUCGGGAGGUACUGGUCAAACCACAACUCCCGAACCGGGGUCCUCGACCGACCAGACUUCACCGUCAGCGUCUCCUUCCUCGAGCGAAGCGCUUCCUGUCUCCAGUACCGUGGAGCAAACCACCCCACCCGUCGUGGCUACUCCCACAAGCGCAGGGACUUCGGUUGCUUCUGCAACAGGAGGUUCGGUAGUCGCAAGCUCCUCGAGCUCUUCAAGUGUUGUCGUUCCGCCCAGCUCCUCUAGCCCGGCAAUACCCCAGUCAUCAUCGGCGGCCGCUACCAUCGGACAAUCAACUUCAUCACCGGGAGCUGUUGCUCAGUCGAGCUCUUCCUCCGUGGUUCCGGCGCAGUCCAGUUCUUCCGCAAUCGUGCCCGUGCUGUCAAGCUCUUCGAGUGCAUCCAGUCUGCGAUCGAGUUCGACUGCUGUCGUCCCGGCGCAAUCUAGCACUACCGCUGUAACCUCAACCGCUUCGUGGAUCAAGCACUACACCCGUGAUCAUCCCAAGUACCAACCCGGCUACCUCAGCCCUGCCUCCGUCAAGCACAGCUCCGAGCAGCCCCGCCUCAAGUACUUCAGCAGGUAUAGUGUCUUCCUCUCCUUCCCCGUCCACUUCUGCCCCCAUUGCAACCACAACAUCUCCGUCCCCAAGCAGCAGCUCGGUCGUACCACUCACAUCGUUCUCGGCAACGGUGGCUGGAAGCUCGUCAACUACCAUUGCUGGCCUUUCAACCACGGCGGCCGCAACCUCCCAGAUUGCAAGCCCGGUGGCAUCCAGCUCCACUAG